UUCCUCCCACAGUCCAAAAACAUGCAAUAUGGGAAUCAGGUCAAUCAGUCACUCUAAAUUGACCGCAGGUGUGAGAGUUAAUGUUUGUUUGUGUGUGUGGUCCUGUGAUGGACUGGUGAACUGUCCAUGGUGUGACCCCAUGACCCUCCUGUAGAGGAUAGAGCAGUAGAUGAUGGAUGGAUCUCCCAAUCCUAACUAUCAUAGACAUCAAAGUGUCCACGGUGUCUUUUAUCUAAUAACAUCAAAGGUCAGCCAAGCCACGUUCCUUUCCUUGCAAGAAUAUUUUAAAUCAAAGGUCGACUACUCUUAACUGUUGACUAAAGAAUUUCUUCAGGUGAGAAGAUCUUUGUUGCGUUUGGAGGGAUGGUAAGAUGUUAGCAUUUGGAUGAAUGUUUACGUGUCCACGGCUGUGACAUAUAGCUUUUAAACACACGACUUCAUGACUAUUUGCUGACGACAAACAGAUUUGAUGCAAACUCUAGGAGACGAUGAACGUGCUUCAGUCGGCCGACUCGUCAGGUGAAAAGUCGAUGUUGUGUUUGUUCGUCUUCAUCAGAUAUUAGAAUUACGAUGUAAAUCCUGUGAAACACAAACAUGUGACUGAUGUUUUACCAUCAAACAUUAACAUUACAUUUGUUUGUCAACUAAAACCAUGACUUCAUAUGAACGCUAGGGGGCAGCAGAGUUAAUCAAACCCACCAGUGAACAGCUUCUGUUCAGCACAUUCUAUUUAUGUUUAUAUAUUUGAGAUCAUUUUAAGAUGCUAAGCCAUUAUUAGGAGGUAUACAAUCAUAAUUAUGACUUUUCAUCUUAUAAUUAUGAGAUAUAAAGUCAUAAUAAUGAGAAACUAUAUCAGAAUUACUACUGAACUUAGACUGUUUUUCAUUUUUAAAACUUCAUAAUUGUGAGGACAAUGAAAAGUCCUAAUAACGAGAUAUUUACUUCAUGUGUCACUAAUAUAUCAUUUUGUUUUAAGUGUUGAGACAGAAUAAAAACAUGAUAUAAAAAUAUGAUAAUGAUUGAUCACAUGUCUAACGUGUCUUGUGUAAAGUCUGUGGAUCAGUUUGUCUCGUUUGCUGUUUCAGGAUGUAAUGAUCGACUAAAGAACCUGAACAACAACUAACUCGAUCAUCGAUCUUUAAUCAUCUAUAAUCGAUCAUUGAUCGAUUUCUCUCUGGAGAAAAAGUCACUUUUAGUCCAAAAAACAAUGUAUGAUUCAGUGAAAGUUGACGUUAAGUCAUGAUUUAAUAUCACUUUUAUGAAGUAUUUACAGAAUAUUAUAUCACUUAUUUUACACUUUUAAAUCUACAAAGCUGUUAAUGACAGACAAAAUGAUAUAUUUGUGCUGAUUUGUGUCUUAAAAUAACAUUAUAUAUAUAAUUUUUCAAAUAAUUAAAGUUAUCAAUAGUGUUCAAAUCAAAACAAUAUAUCUAUUUUUUUAAGACAGAAAACACAACUAAAGUGACUGAAAGAUUUUUAAUUGAUAAAUAAAAGAAUAUGACACAAACAGUAUUAAUAAGGUAGAAUUAUCAAAAAUAAAAGAAUAAAAACACCAGAGUUAUGUGAUCAUAGUCACAGCACAUGUAGUCUGAACUGUCCCUUUAAGAGUUCGCCUGCAGUGGGAGGAGUCAGCAGCAGGGGGCGCUGUGGCGCUGGUACCGCCCUAUGCUCGUCACCAUCACACUCUGCAGCAGCAGCUGCUACAAACAGCGGCUCACUGAUCACAUGAUCACCUGAUCGAUGAGGAUCAUCAUCCAACAUGAUCUGAUCACAUGGUCCCAUGAUCACUGUCACAGUAGGAGGAGAGGUAACGAUGCGGCCGCACUGUGGCGCUGUCUGCGGGUCUGCAGCUCUGACAUGAAACUGCUGCUGCUGCUGCUGCUGCGCACACAUGCACACACACACACACACACACACACAGACACACACACUCCGGUUUCUCUGGUGACUGCAAGAAACAGCGGGCUCUGUGAUCAGGUCUAUUCCGUGACUUCAUGCAGAGCUCAGAAUGUCGUCAGUGAUGAUGUCACACUUCAGUGACCUGCCCAUGGACAGCUGGAUGACUCACCUGCCACCUGCUCUGUGGGACACGCCCAUUUAUCACCUGGCCAUUCCAGGGAGUCACAAUGCCAUCACUUACUGUCUGGACAUGAAUGACCGAUCACCUGUCGACCUCACUCAACCUGACCUGCUGCAGAAGCUCGACAAAUACAUGAAGCCCAUCAUUCGUCCCUUUGUUUACAAGUGGGCGGUGACACAGGAUGUGUCCAUAAAGCAGCAGCUGGACUGUGGGGUCAGAUACUGUGACCUGAGAAUCGCUCACAGACCCAACGACAGCUCCACUGACCUGUACUUCUACCACGGUGUUUACACCACACUCACUGUUCAGAGUGUCCUGACAGACAUCAGACAGUGGUUGGAUCUUCAUCCUAAAGAGCUGCUCAUCCUCUCCUUCAGCCAUUUCCUGUGUCUGAGCCCAGAUCUGCACAUGAUGCUGCUGAAGACCAUACGCAACGUGUUUACCUGCAAACUCUGUCCUAAGACGGAAGUGUUAACUCUUCGAAACUUGUGGUCUCUCGGAUACCAAGUGAUCGUCUCCUAUGAACACAACCUGGCCGGUUGCCAUGGUGACCUGUGGCCUCACAUCCCUUACUGGUGGGCAAAUAAAUGCCGAGCUGAGGCUCUGAUCGAGGAGUUCGAGCUCAGGAAGCAACAUGGCCGACCAGGAGGAUUCUUCGUCACAGGGAUUAAUUUGACCGAGGACCUGAAGUACAUCUGCACUCACCCCACAGAGACUCUGAAGGACCUGGUGAUGUCCACCAAUCCCACGCUGCUCUCAUGGGUCAAAGGUCAAACCCCCGGCGCCAGAGACUACUCGCUCAACAUCAUCGCAGGAGACUUUAUCUCAGAGAGCAACUUUGCACCGACGGUCAUCGCACUGAACGAGAAACUGCUGAAAAUGUCCCUGUGACUUUUCACCAAGCUUUUAAGGUCCAGUCUGUGAGAUUUAGAGACAGAAAUGUAAUAUUAUAUUAUAACAAUUAUCAUUUCAUUAUUUUCCCCUCAAAGUUAAUAACUGUUGUGUUUUUUAGUUUUUGUGCUAAAAAUUCAGGCUCCGCCUCCUUCAGAGGACACAGCUGACAAAGAGAAUCCGACUUUUAACUUUUAAAGGUGACAUUGAAUGCUUGUAUAGCACAUAUAUGUUGGUUAUGGAGGUCUACUUACAUAUAUUAACUUGUUUUCAUGGUUAAAAUCCUCCUAGUCGCUACAAACGAGCCGAUCGAAAUAUAUCUUUAAUAUAUAAGUUUCAGACCAAAAUCACACCCCCAGAACGCAGACUGUGUUGUGAUUGGCCAGCCAACGAGAGCUUUCCCACUGUCCUGUGAUUGGCCAGGUACCUGGUAGUGACGUAAUUAGCACGUCAGCUCUCAGAUACGCAGCUCCCCGUCUGGCACGAUGGAUGCUCUGCAUCUCAGCAGCUACAAAAAGAGAAGUUCUUCUUCUUCUUCUGUGGUUGAAUGUACGCAACCGGAUGUGCCCGGACUAGUGGACAGGAGGAGCUAUGGUGGUGCAUAUGGUGGUGCAUCCGCUUUGCAAGCCACCAUAGUUUGACUUUUUUGUUUGUUGUUUUGUCCCCUUCAAGCCACCAUAGUUGGACAUUUUUGUUUGUUGUUUUGUCUCCUUUAGACCGCCAUAGUUUGACUUUUUUGUUUGUUGUUUUGUCUCCUUUAGACCACCAUAGUUUGACCUUUUUGUUUAUUGUUUUGUCUCCUUUAGACCACCAUAGUUUGACUUUUUUAUUUGUUGUUUUUUCUCCUUUACACCACCAUACUUUGACUUUUUUAUUUGUUGUUUUUUCUCCUUUAGACCACCAUAGUUUGACUUUUUUAUUUGUUGUUUUUUCUCCUUUAGACCACCAUAGUUUGACUUUUUUACUUUUUGUUUUUUCUCCUUUAGACCACCAUAGUUUGACUUUUUUAUUUGUGGUUUUGUCUCCUUUAGGCCACCAUAGUUUGUCAUAUCCACUUUGAUGUUGAGCAUAAAGCUAAAGGUAUACAGUUUGCUGCAGGUUGCACCUUCACCACUAGAUGUCACUAAAUGUCACAGACUGGUUGAUCAUUUUAAAAAAUGAUUUUAAAAGUGUGAAUCACAGCAUGAAACAAACACACAAACAUGAGCUUAUUUUGAUAAAAAUACUUGAAUUCUUCAUAUUUAAUAUUAAUGCACUUUUAAAAUGAAAAUCUUUAGAAGCUUUUAUUGUUUCACUUUUCAUGAGUCAGCGGUCCCUUUUUUUUCUGCUGACUAAAGCAAUAAAGAGCCGACUCAUGUAAUGUCAACGUAGGCUUUCUAGACUUUUAGAUUUGAAGCACAAACAAUGUAAACAACAAGCACACGACUGUGAUGUAAAUAACAACAACAACGUUCAGGAAGUCGUUCAACUGUGUCACAUGACCUGUGUUUGUUGGAAUAUGCGUGUAAAAUAAGCAUGACGUUCAUUUGCAUGAAGACAAACGUGACUGUUCUACUUUAACGCGGGCCUUUAUUUUGAAAGGAUGCUGCACCACUGUGCCUGUAGAGAAUAAACAUUUUUUUUCUUAA